AUGCAUCACAUCCAAGGUCGAAUUCCCGGUUUCACAGAGCACAUAUUCCCUGAAGCAUCUCGCGGAUACUUGGGGCUUGUCGCCGAUAUUGGACUCUGCCUGUUCCUGUUCCUCGUUGGCCUAGAGAUAGACGCUGGCGUUAUCCAGCGGAAUGCAAAGUUAUCAGCUACUGUAGCCCUGGCGGGGAUGAUCCUUCCAUUCGCCAUUGGUUCGGGCUUGGCGGUUUCCAUAUAUAAGGAAUUCAUCGACCCUAGGGUCGAGUUCACCCAUUUCAUGCUCUUCACGGGCGUGGCAUAUUCGAUUACCGCCUUCCCCGUCCUUUGCCGUAUCCUUACAGAGCUGAAGCUUUUAGAUACCACGGUCGGUAUCGUGGUUCUCUCUGCAGGCGUGGGCAAUGAUAUCAUCGGAUGGACCUUACUCGCUCUGAGCGUUGCACUCGUCAACGCAGGAACUGGCCUCACAGCGCUCUACAUCUUAUUGAUCUGCGUAGCUUGGACUCUCAUCGUUCUGUUCCCUAUGAAAUGGGUCAUGAAGUGGCUAGCUCGCGUCACAGGCUCCAUUGAGAACGGACCAACUGUGUUCUUCAUGACAGUCACCAUGCUGGUGCUCUUCGGAUCGGCCUUCUUUACCGACAUCAUAGGCGUACAUGCCAUCUUCGGUGCAUUUUUGGCCGGCCUGAUUGUGCCGCGGGAGGGAGGGCUUGCCAUCGCACUGACCGAGAAACUUGAAGACAUGGUUUCUAUCAUUUUCCUCCCUCUGUAUUUCACCCUCUCUGGACUGUCCACAGACUUAGGACUCCUCGACAGCGGCAAGACGUGGGCAUAUACCGUUGCAAUCAUCACCACUGCGUUCGUUGGAAAAUUUGGAGGAUGCUUCUUGGGCGCCCGCUACGUAGCUGGAUUCGACGUGCGUGAAUCUGCUGCAAUCGGCUCUCUCAUGAGCUGCAAAGGAUUGGUGGAGCUGAUUGUCCUGAACGUUGGCUUAUCCGCUAAAAUCCUUUCAAGAGUACGCAUUCAUUUCAUGGGCGGUAUUCUCCGGCUAAUUUGGUCCAAGCGUGUUUUCUCCAUGUUCGUGUUGGAAGCGCUGGUCCUGACGUUCGUGACCACUCCACUCGUUACGUGGCUUUAUCCCCCGAACACUCGGGUCCGCGUGGCUGCACACGGCUCGAACUUCAAGCACGUCGGUGACGGGGAGGCAGGGGAAGAAGAGACGCACCCGCCUUCUCGUGCAGGGGCUCGCAAAUCUCGUUUCACGAUCGUACUUGACAAAUUUGAACACUUGUCAGGUAUGAUGGCUCUGACCCAGCUGGUCAACCCGUCGCCUCCAACUGGGAAAGAGGCCCCUCAACCUUCUUCCGCAAAAAUGGUCAACCCAAAUUCGCAGCAAGUCUCCAUUGAAGCCCUACGAGUCAUGGAGCUCACUGACCGUGUGUCCGCCGUUAUGAAGUCUUCAGCGGCAGAGUCAGUCCUCCAUAAUGAUCCCUUGCUCUCAGCCUUUCGGAUGUUUGGAGGGCUCAACCAGAUCAAUAUCGACCCCUCUCUCGUCAUCGUCAAAUUCGAACAGAUGGCUUCCAGCAUCGCGGAGCAAGCAAGGAAUUAUGGUUCAGAUUUGAUUCUAAUCCCCUGGCUCUCAUCUGCUCAGGAUACUUAUGCCAAUGUCCCUCAUCACAUAGAACCUGGCCAAUCGCACUUCGAACCCACCACAGCUCCCAACACUCCCAAAUUCAGCGCGCAUUCUGGUACCCCGAGGCCGACCACAGCACCGAAUACCCCAAAGUCUCCCAUACCAAACCCUUUCGAUAUGCUCUUCAAAGCUUCGACCCAUCAAGUAUCAGCCUCGGUCAUCCACUCGCAGUUUGUUAGGAGCGUGUUUUCUCAAGCUACUACCGAUGUUGCACUCUUCGUCGAUCAGUCGAUGUUGGAAGUCAUAGCUUUGUUGAAUGGGAGGCAGCAUCUGUUCCUCCCGUUCUUUGGCGGCCCGGAUGAUCGCUUAGCCUUGGAAUUCGUUGUCCAGCUCGUGGAAACUAAUACCAAUAUCACUGCGACGGUGGCAAGGAUCACCAGGCGUGACGUUGGGGACGUAUUGGAUGGUGCUCUCAAAAGGCCCGAGGAUGUUAACGUCCUGACUAUCAGUUCAAACGUGGGCGGUUCGUAUCCUGAUACGAUAUAUCCCCACCAUGACUCGGCCACGAAGCUGCAAUCCGAGACUGCCGACAAUGUUCUUUGGGCCAGGUUUGCCAAGUUGAGGGCGGGAGCUUCCGGUGCCAGCGAAAAUGGGUCAUCUCAGGGACCCACUUGGACCAACCCCAGAAUCGAAUUCAAGGAGAUCGACACUCUCGCUCCCUUGCACGUGGCACUUCAAGAGGCAGAACGAUGCUCUAGUAGAUUGCUAUCCGCCUCAACCGGCGAUCAGGAUGGCGAGGUUCGGGAUGACUCAAAAGCCACCCCGUCUCCAUCUGAGAUUCGAGCCAGGACAAGCAUCGCGAUCAAAGUCCAACAGCCUACCGAGGACGAGAUCGACUUCGAGCCAGCGGAAACCCCUGUCACUCCCACUACGCCUACCACCCCGAGAGUCUGUGUCGAUGGCCCGCUGAUGGUCGUGACUGGUCGGUCGAGGCGCCUCGCGGCCGAAGAUCAUAGGAUUGAAUUGAAAGAACUCAUGGAGGAGCAUGGAAGGUUGGGCUCGGAGGUCCGCAAAACAAUAGGGGAUGCGGCGAGCGCGUUCGUUAUUGCGGAUGUUGGAAGUGGUGUUUUAGUGUUGCAAGCCGCCACUUGCAUGUGAGGAAGGAGAUGGUGUUUGGUUUCUCAUUCGUGGUCAUUCUUCUGUUUCUGUUUUCUAGUUUUAGCCGCGCUAGAUGGAGCAUACAUGUAAGCAAGGCUGUUCGACCCUCCGUAACAAAAUCCGCAGCUAAUAUCGCCGUA